AUGGCGGAGAUGCCCCUGUACUUUGUGGACUUGCAGGAUGACUUAGACGAUUGGCUAGUCCUUCGUUCAUCCUGGCGAUUCCCGGCGGGAGGAGGCCUGGCCCCCUCCGGCGUCGGAGGUCUUCCAGCCAGGGUCUCCAGUUGUUCCCCAGGACUUGUCAGAAUGCUGGGGAGUUUGGGAGGUCCGGCUCUCAGUGUGGCCGGCCACAGACUCGCACAGACUUCUCCAGUGUCCUGGCCACAAGCCCAGCCCUGUUUCAUCCUGAGGAGCCCACUGGUGGCCCAGGUUCAGUCCCUGGUGGGGGAACUAGAUCUCACAUGCCACAACUGA